AUGGUUCUUGACUACAGCAAAUGGGACGCUCUAGAGCUCUCGGACGACUCGGACGUUGAGGUCCACCCCAAUGUCGAUAAGAAGUCGUUCAUCCGGGCCAAGCAGGCCCAGAUUCACCAACAACGAGAGCAGCGUCGCCAUGAGAUCAAGACCCUCAAGUACGAGCGCAUUAUCAACGACGGACUUUUGUCGCGCAUUGACAAGCUCUUGGAGUCUCUCAAGAAGCAUGAAGACUCCUCUGCCUCCCCCGAUGAGUUCAUUUUCCAAACUAUCAUGGACUUCGCCAGCAACCCCGCCGAGGACCAAGCUCCCGCCCCACCGGAAGGAGUCUAUACACACGAGAAGGAGCAGCCCAAGUACUCUGCGAUGAUGAGCUCUUUGGUAGACCAGGUGAAGAAGGAGUUUGAAGAUUCCAAGCCCGACAACUUGUUCAAGGCAUACAUCAAGGGCGUGACAGGACACUUGGAAAAGGUCCAGAGUCUCCAAAAGGAAUUGUUCGCAAAGCUCGCACAGCUUGAGAAAGAAGAAGGCGCAAAGAUCACCAGUGAUCAGUUGCAUGAGGGCUUCAACCAAUCACACGUCUCCAAGGCCGAGCAGGUGAAAGCUGCUUCUAAAAACAAGGAGAGCUCCGUCGAGCUGCUGAACCCGGGUGCGGGAAGCUCCGCAUCGAAGGCUGACGAUGAGGGCGAGGAUGAUGACCCCGCCAAUGUCGAAAUCAGCCCGCUUGCAAAGAAAUUCGCUCACCUUAGGACUGGUGACUAUAAAGCCUAUUUACAAUUCAUCUCUGCCAAUCCAGAGAUUGUCGCCGAGAAGGAGACGGAUGGUCUACUUGUCGAGGCAUUCAAUAGUCAGCUCAAGGGUGACGAGGACUAUGCCCGUCAAUGUGUCCACCAAGGUUUGCUUUUGCAAUACUGCCGGUCUCUCGGUCGUGACGGUAUCCAGCUAUUCUUCACUCGAAUUACCACCAAGGAUCACCGCGCAUCAACCCUAUUCAGCAAUGAUGUGAACGAUACUUACUUCCGUAUCAAGUCUCGCGCUGCCGAACUCAGCAAGGAGAACUCCGCAUCCAAUGACCCCGCUGGCGUAGAGCAGAUCCAACUUCACGCCGUUGACCCCAACACCAAGAUCACUAUCAAUCUCCCUGCUGCUGAUAGCCAGGAUCCCACCGAGAUCGAGGUACGCAAGAUCUUCGAUGCUUUCCCUAAGGACUUGCAGAAGGCAUUGGAGACCGAAUCUCUGGAUGAGGUGAACAAGGUCCUCGGCAAGAUGACCGUCGAAGAGGCGGAGGUUAUCGUGGAGCAAUUGGGCAACGGCGGUAUGCUCAGCCUUGAGGAGGGUAUUGUAGAUGCUACAACGGAAGAGGGCCAGAAGAAGUUGAAGGAGUUGGAGGCUGAGGGCAAGGAAGAAGUUGGCGAGCCUGGUGGCGAUGUUACUGAACUUGACUAA